AUGGCGGAGUUCUUUCGACCUACUGAACAAGACCUGCAGCGUGGUAGCUCCAUGAACAGUCUUUCUAGUGUCAGCCUGCCUUUAGCUAAGAUAAUUCCCAUAAUAAAUGGACAGAUCCAUUCAGUUUGCAGUGAAAUGCCUAGUCAUUUUGUUCAGGAUCUGUUAAUGAUGGAGCAAGUGAAAGACUUUGCUGCUAAUGUGUACGAGGCUUUUAGUACUCCUCAACAACUGGAGAAAUGA